AUGAGCAGCACCACUCUGUUGAAAAAGCUCUUGCGGGCCUCGCUCGCCAGAAAUACCAACCCAAAGCUUUUUGCGUCACUCUUGGAGCAAUUGCUUGCACGAGAGCAAAUUUCAGAUGCUGAGCUUGGCGAGAUGCUACUAAACGUUGCGGAUUCCCCCGUAAAAGCUAAUAGUACAACCAGUAUUUUGGCACGAAGGCUACAGAUCGAAUAUGUGCUCGAGUUUGCCUUUUCAAGCAGUGAGAAUCUUGCCAGGUUCUUCAAGUUGUUACCUCAAUUGAGCCUCAAAUCCCAACUCAAAUACAUUCUGUACUUCAAGACACAGGUGGGGAAAAUCAUCGAUCGAUCACUCAUAAACGAGUUUUAUAACGGCUUGGCUCAAUUCACAAUUGCAGCAAGCCCAUCCCGGCCCGGAGAAUGCUCUCCACAUUCGAAUCGUCUUUGGUAUCAUGUGGUCUUCGUAUGGGGCGCUUUCAUCGAUCUUGAUUCAUCGAUACCGGCAAACCCCAGUUUGAAAGAAUCUUUCCAAAAAAUGGCCCUCUUCGCCGGCGAUCUCGAAGACGAUUACAUUGGUGCUCUUAUUUCAAGAAAGUUUGGAGCAGCGGCAGAUCCAGGGGCAUCUUUGAACUUCCAGACAACGCGUAUGGCAAAGUCAGAGGAAGCUCCGACAACUAUGCCCGAAAAGUCGUUAUCUUUGAACCUUAAUGGCAAAAAGUAUUCAAAUUACGUGUCAUUGAAGAAAUUCAUCUGGCUCAACUUUCAUUUUCAGCUGUGGAAAAUGGACACAGAAAUGUCUCGUGCGUUCAUGACCUUUUUCAAUUUACAGGACCUAAGCCAUACAGACUUGGCAAAGGAGCUCAUAUGCUCUUUUCUCAAUGGUGCUGCCGUAGCUGUCAGGCUGGGAGAAGAACCGUAUGUGAUCUUUAAUUGGAAAAACUUCAUCCUCACUCACUUGGCUCAAGACCUCAAAGAAAUUGUUUUAUCUUCUCAUGCAGUAGAUCACGAGUGGCACGAAACAGUCUCAGCGGCCAUUACAUCGUGCAAUGACCUGGUCAUCACGGAAACAAAAAUUGGGGGUGUAAAGGAGUCUUACAAUUUGAACAAAGAAUUCAUGCGCAGUUGUCUUCAUCAAGAACUCAUCUCUUUAGAGAAAUAUAUCCAGGUAUUUCCUAGUGAGGCGGAAAACCUUUCUACAUCAAUCCUAGCGCAUGAAAUUGAGAACUUGCGUCUGACAGAACUGAUCACCGCAGAAUUUAAAUCGAGACUCGAAAAUGUAAACCCAGAAUUCACUUCGUUGCAAGAAAGCAACUUGAUUGACUAUUUCAAGAAUCUUCCCCUGACAAACUUUAGAUUCCUGAAUGCGAAACAGUGCAAGCUCGCACAACUCUCAGAAAAUUUGAUUGACAAUAUUGUUCGGGAAAAGAACAAUGAAAAACUACGCUGGAUAUCGUUAGUGUUCCUGAAUGUGCCUUCAAUCGCAAACUUCAUUUUCUACCAAAGCCGCAAGGGCCCCUGGAUGUUUUUGAGCAAGAUUAUCAACUACAUUGAUAGCGAGUCAUUCAACGUUGAUGAGGAUGAUGGCAAUUUUCAAGACACAUAUGCAUGUUUUGGUGUCAUUUUGACAAGCGUGAUUUCUGUGGCGGCGUUUUUUGGGAUUGAAUUUGCAUCUUUGGGACUCAAAAACUCAUACACCAUUGAUUACAUCAAUCAGUUUUACUUCAGGCUGUGCAACAUGCUCACAAAUACUUACACCGGGGCUAGUGAACAAGAGAAACAAAUUAUUUCCAAUUAUGAAAAUCUCGUCACUGAAUGGGCAAAUGCGUUAUUUGACGUUAACAACGAUGGUUUAUCUGACGACUUGCUCAAGUCAGUCAACGUGAAACAAAUUUACAAA